UUAGUGACGUAGUGAUACUGAACCCAUGGAUGAGGAGAACCCAUCGCACCAGGAUGUAAUGAGCGGCUGAGCGCCUUGGAAGCAGAACGCUGACAUCGGCUUUGCCCCCUCCAUCACCAAGUCAUAUAGAGUUUCUUAAAUCAUGGAAGAUUCUUUUCACAGUCCUUCAGGUCUUUGAGAGGGAUCAGGAGUGCUGUGGAAGGGGGCCAGCAUGGUGGAGUUAUGGUUGAUUGCGGCCCCCCUGGACCAGGCCAGCCUGCAGGCCAUGAAGAAGCUGAGCAGCCCGAUAUCCAAAGCCGGCCUGACCCACAGCUUCAAGUUCUCAGUUCCAGAGCUGAAGGUGGGCAAUCUGGAUCUUCUUUUAACGGUGUCUGAAGAGCUCGCUCAGCUGGACAGCUUAGCAGCGAGGUUGAUCCACAACAUGUCUCUGUGGAUACUGGAACUGAUGGAUCCUGACAGGGACAAAAAUGCCACAGCCAAUGGAGAAUUGAAGACGCACAAAAAAAACGCCCAGUCCCUUGGGAAGGAGUACUUAAAGGCCUUGUUGGCGGACUUUGUUGGCUAUGCGACUUGCUUCCAGUGGGACAGAGCCAAGUACCCCAAUAUGCUUCCCCUGAGCAGCCUUACAGAAAUCUUCACCAAGCAAUUGCUCCAGACGGAGGCCGAUUUCAAGUCUCGCAACACGGCGUACAACAACCUGCAGGACAGCUUGGAGGUUCUGGCAGGCAAGAAGGACGCAAGCCUGGUGACACGUGCACUCUUUGACGUCGUGAAGGAGGAAGACUUUGUGCUGGACUCGGAGUAUCUCACCACGCUGCUGGUAGUGGUGCUCAAGAGAGACUAUGCGCAAUGGGAGAAGACCUAUGAAUCCCUAUCGGAGUUUGUGGUGCCUCGGACGAGUAGGAGGGUGCUGGAUGAACCAGAAGGAGGGAUCUUCACUGUCACCUUGUUCAAAAGGGCCGUGAGCGACUUCAAGGCCCGAGCUGCAAAGAACAGGUUCACGGUGCGAAACUUCUCCUUCGAGGAAUCGCGGAAACAACGGAAGGAGAUGAUGAGCCUCAAAAUCCAGAAGAAGGAGAUUUCUGGAAUGUUUGUAGGCUGGCUGAAAGCACAAACCAGAGAGACCUUCAUGGUCUGGAUCCAUCUGAAGGCACUGAGGCUUUUCGUGGAAUCGGUGCUCAGGUUUGGUCUCCCCGUGAACUUCAAGGCCCUCCUACUGCAGCCCGAAAAGAAGAACAGCAAGAAGCUGAGGGAACUUCUCAGCACCUUGUUCAGCCACCUGGAUACAGCUCCAGCAGCAGGAGACCCCAGUGAGGGCAUGGACAUCCCCAGCAUGAGCUCACAGGAGUACUACCCCUAUAUCUGCUUCAAAGUGGACAUCAACCUGAUGGAGAGCUAGGGGGAGCUGGAGGGUCACCCCAUCUCCACGAGACUCAACCGGCUCAACUCGACCUACGAGUCAGAACAAGGCGUGAGGAGCUCUGAGCCCCAGAGGAGGAUCGGGGAUAUAAAACCACACGUGUCUCACAAUCCCCAACUCUCAUAACGGCCAGGCUAGAUGUUACUAAAAGACCAUUGGAGGUUCUGGAGAAGCAGGAGCUCUCGCAUUUCAGGAGGAUCCCUGAUACAGAGCCUGGAUGCUUAUCGAGAUUUUGGACACCUCACAAUCUAGGUCAGGAACUAAAAAAUGUUUUUAAAAAUCAAUAAAUGCUUUUAAUUACCUGCUUUAUUCUUCCUCUUGCUGAGGUUCUGCAGACCCACUUCUACCUCGUGGUGGCUUCUCCUCCACAGUUAUGCUGAGGCUAAAUG